AUGACACCUCCUCCAAGCUCAUCGUCCCUGCUCAAUAAUAAUCAGCAGACAAUCACUCGACAAUCUCCUUCACAACAAGACGUUAUCAAAUCUUUAGUGUUGAAUCAUCCCUUGAAGAGACGUUUAUCAGCACUUGAAACCUUUUCUCUCCAAUCCUCCCUAAAUAAUCAGAACAAUAAUAACUGUACAAUAAUACAAACCUCCCUCCAUGCUGACUCGAUGGAUACAAGUGUAGAAUCUCCUCAAGACCUCAAUCAAACCAAGCCUCUAGAAAUGAGAAAGAAAAAGAUGAAGACACCAAACAAAACCAUUAGAAAGCAAGGCUAUCUAAUGUUCCACCACUACCAAGUUUGUCCAGAAUCUCAUAUUGACAGAUUGCAAAUGAAAGAGCCAGUUAUUUGUAUACUGAGCUCUAAAAAGAUACAACUUUUCACUCCUAAACUCUUUGACAACUCUUUCUAUCAGAAUCAAGUAGAACAACAACAACAAUUACUGCAGUCUUUGAGUGAUAUUUCAAAUACCAACCAGGCUAUUACCAACAAUGUGAUACCAAUUUGUGAUAAGUAUUCUGCUCAUCUGAUUGGUACCAUCUAUUUGGAUGAUAGAGUUUGUCUUGGUAAAGUUUUGGUAGAUCCUCUUUCAUCUACCACCUUUAGUGUGUACAUAGAAAAAUCGAAUGAAAAAACAAUCAAUAACGACAAUGAUACUCAAUGUGUAAAGAUGCAUUGGGAAAGUAGUUGUAAAUCUCCACCAACAGAUGGUACAAGUAGAUCAGAGAAUGCAUCACCUUCGUAUUCACCAAACGUUGAUGAAGAAAUGACCUGUACAGAUAUGAAAUAUGAAUCAAUUACUGCCAACGCAAUAGCUGAGGAUAGACUUGUUUUUGAAGCAACCAAUGAGAGUGAAACACUACAAUGGAUUAGUAGCAUUAGACAAGUUGCCUCUUCGUUACACAAUGAAAAUGCUUACAUUCUUACAGAACUUUUACUAAAGAUAUUCGAAUAUCUUGACGAAAAGGCCCUGGCUGAUGUUUCUCUCACAUCAAGGAAGUUUAAUGAAUUGAGUAAUUACGACUUUUUGUGGUUUAACCUUUACAAGAGUAGAUAUGAAAAACAGGCGUACGACCUUUCUUAUUACAAGAAUAUGCUUCGUAAUAUUUCAAUGACCUCCAGCUCAAAGUCAGACCAAAAAGAUGAUGAAGAUGCAGUCUAUGGCGAACAAGUAACAUGGAAAUAUGUUCACAAGAAGAGAAUCAUCUAUGAGAAGACUUUCUUACCACCUCCAACUCCACCAGAACAACCAUCCAAUUCAGCAACACCCACAACUAACACAGCACCUACUGCUCCACCACCAACUGAUCAGACAACAACUAAUGCAGCAACACCUUCUUCCUCAUCUACAGCAGCUGUGCCUCCACCAACACAGAACGAUAAUCAAAAGCAGGAUCAAAGUAACCUAUCUCAGAAAGAGAGCCAAGCCACCAAUAAUGAGCAAACAGAAAUCAAACCUCCAACAAAAGAAGAAAUAGAAAAGCUUCAAAAAGAAGAGGAUGAAAGGAAAAAGAAGGAAGAGGAAGAAAAGAUCAAGAACAAGUCGACACAAUUCCUCAGAAAAGCAAACAAUCUCUUCAAUGCAGCUGACAAGGCCAACAAUGUCUACAAGAAGAGAAUGUUAUGGAUGCUCUGUAUGGACAAUUAUGAAACAUGUCUCAUGUAUAAUGACAAGAAUUGGACGGCUGCAAGAAAUUGGUGUGUAUCUCUGAUCAGAUUGGAGAAGCUUGUUCACAACUUGAAAACAAAUGAGGCACAACUUUAUUUGGCCUUCAUGUUGAAUCAAUGUAUGGAAAAGUUUGAUGUUUGCAUGAAAAAUGCACCAAAGAAUGAUGAGGUAUUGACACUAUGGGCUGGUACUUGUAGUGACAUUGCCAUUAAGGUUGCAGACAUGGACUUGAGUGAUAGAUUAUUCAGAAUGGCUCAUGAAAAGUUUGAAGAAGCUCUCAAGAUCAAAUCUCACAUUGGUACUUAUAACGACUAUGGAAUUAGUUAUUGUGAUUGGGCAGAAAAAAAGAUUCGUCACCUCAAGAAAAGGCUGAAAAUAUCUACUUCAAUCCUCAAAAAAGGUGCACAUAUUCACUUGGAAGUUGACUCAGGUAGCAAGUCUCCAAAAACUCCUUGCAAUGGUAUUGGUUUCUCAUCGACUCCUCUUCCUCUUUCAAACUUUUUCCCAUAUUGUUCACUGCUUUCGGGUUUUUACACAUCUACUGAUUUGAAAGAAUUAACAUAUGAUGAAUUUGAAAGAGAAAGAAAAGUGAUUGAUGGUUAUCUUGAUGAAAGCUCCAAGCUUUAUGACAAGUGCCUCAAUAUCAAACCUGAAUACUUCCAUGCACUUAAUAACAAGGGCUUUAAUGAGAAGUUAAAAAUUGAUCUUUUAAAAGUCAGAAAACAUUCCUUAAAACUAACUAGAGAACAAGAGAUGGAAACCAACAUUGAAAGAAAAAGACUUGUAGAUAUUGCAUGUGAUUUAUUUAGAAGAUGCAUUGAGAUCAAAGAUUUUGUUAUUGCUAGAAACAAUUAUGGUAAUAUGCUGCUUCAAGAGUCGAAAGAAGAGCUGGGUAUGGAUAGAUAUCAAUUACUUGAACAAUCGAUAGCUCAAUAUGAACAAGCAAUGAUAUUGGAGCCUAAUAAUGAUGGAUGUAUUUGUAGAUGUGCCAUAGCUUUCCUCAUGAAGGCAGAGGUUAUUUUGAAUGAAAUCAAGAAUGGAGAGAGAGCAGUAACAUCUACAAUUGGUACACCUGAGCAAGUCAAUUCUAAUCUUGAAUAUUUAUACGAAAGAGCAAAAGUUGGAUUCAAGUGUCUCAAAAACACUUCUCUCUCACAUUACAAUCUUGCCUGCUUAAACGCUAUUUUUAAUAAGAAGGAAGAAUGCAAGAAUGAAUUAAUGGCUUGCAUUGAUAUCGUGUCAGAACAGAAAUUGAGAGAAGACAAGGAUUUUGAAAAUGUAAGGGAAGAACUAUGGUUUAAAGAAAUCAUGGAAAAAGCUUGCAACAAGCCAUCUGUAAUGAUAGGGCCAACAAAUCAAAAUUUAGAUUUAUAA